AUGGAUACCCUCAACACACAAGCUCAACAACAAGCAGAUAAUGACGCACUCGCUACUGCAGUCGGCGUCGCAGCUCAGGAACUCGGCAUGGCGACACUCAAUGUGUUCCAUCAUGAGCUUCAACAGCCAGACUUUGGGCAGCAUACUCACGAGUCGGAGAAUGGCGAGAAGGAAGAAGGGGAAGAGGUGGAUGUUAGUGCCCUGAACCUCCCGGGGGAUGAGGAUAUGGGAAGUGACCUGGGGCUCAACCUGGAUGAUAUCGACGGUGGGGAGGAUAGGCCAUUGUUCUCGAGGCCGCCCAGUAUCCGCAAGGCAUGCGACCUUUGUCAUGCGGCCAAGCAGAAAUGCAGUGGCGACCGCCCCACCUGCACCCGCUGCGCCGCCGGCGGCUGGCAAUGCAACUACGCGCCCCGUCAACGCCGACGUACCGUCCCAAAGUCUGAGCGUACCGCAUCGGUCCCAGCGCCGGUGGGGCAGGAGAUCCUCCCACCGCCACCACCUGCCAAGAAGCGCAAGAUCGAAGCGCGCCAGUCGGUCGCGUUUGAGAGCACGAUCGAUCUCAAGGCGGCGAUGGCGGCGCUGGAUAUGGGCUUCGGGGAGGAGGAGGGGGAAGAGAUGUUGGGGUUGUCGGACGACCAGAUGCUGGAAUCUAUCGCUAUUGACGGGUACCUCGCGGACCUGCCUCUUUCGACGUUCGUCAAUAACCUCCCAUACACUGGACCGGAUGGCAACCACUUCAACGGGGACGAUCUUAACGGUGACGGUUUCCCGGCGGAUAUCGACCAGCAUACCACCUCGGCCCUUCGGGAUGCCAUCUUCUCGCUCAACGAGAGCACCAAGCAUGCGCACACGGACGCGGACGAGAGUACCGAGGAGGUCGACCCUCACGUCGCUCUCCUGGACCUGUCUCACCCGGAGCAGCACGACCCUUCCCACCCCCAUCAUCAGCACACCAACCAGCACGACCCGCACGACCUCCUCGAGCUCAACUUGGGGUGCAGUCACCCUCCCCUCGUCCCCCACAUCCUCGCCCUGCUUACGCAACACGGCCUCGAGCCCAAAGCGGGCUUCUCCACUCCUCUGACUCUAUCCGUCUUCGCACCCCUCGCCCGAUCUUUGCGGUUAUUCCAACUCAUCACCGACUGCCCUACCUGCUCUACCUCCCCACAACAGACACUCCCCCAACUCGCCCUCCUCAGUCGAACCACCACCAUCCUCACCUUCCCGUUCCCCCCGUGCAACUCGUCCGCCAUCGGCGGGUCCGCCCAGAUUACCAUCCAUGGUGCCCGGCUCGCCGGGACGGGCAUCAGCGAGGCGAUCGAGCAGCACAUCGUGGGUGUGGUGUGGGACAGUUGGCGCGCGAGUAUCAGGGAGAUCUUUGCGCUGUUGGAUCGCAAGGCGCAGGAUGUGAUUCAGGCGAGUAGUACGGGUGAGGGGUUGCCGACUACGAGUGCGGAGACGCAGAGGGCGGGGCUCUUCUUCCAGGCCAUGGGGAGGUUGGUUACUGCUAUGGAUGAGGUGGAGGGGGCGUAG